CAAAGAGUCAGCGACUCGCUGCCAUCGUCCAUGUCCGAACGCGUCGCGGCUCUCUUGCCUGUGCCUGCUGUAGCCAUCUCUUUCCCCGUUCCCUUCUCUGUGUCUCCUCUCUUGGUCUUCCUUUCCCGGCGGCGACGACUGGGCGAGCGGCGGCGCUAUUCGGUCUUCGCCGGGGCCUUUGCCGGCGACGAGCACCCAACAGCGUGCAAGACCAAUCCGCCCAAAAGGUUGCGGGCGCAGUUUAUUUUCCAAAGAAAUUGGGGGUUCAACUGAAUCACAUGCUCCACGUUAAGGCCGCCCCUGAGCUUGAUGGCAGAAGGAAGCUGUAGCCAUAGGAGGAGUGCUUUCUCCCCUGGGCUAGCUGUGUUAUUGUCUGGCGAGGAAGCUAAGAUUAGCCCCCAGAAGACACACUUGGUUUCCUAUCAUGACGAGAUUGGGCACCAGGCUGUUGAGAGGACUAUAGAGCACAUUCUUGAUCUCCCUCACAAGUCAGUGGUCCGGCCUCCUGGACCAAUUGAUGCGGUCUUUGUGCGUUCAGUGUUGAGGAAUCAGGCUAGAAAAUUUGAUCUUGACUGGGACAAAUGUAUCCAUGCAUACCAUGGUAGCGUCUUGAUUGUAGACAAAGGAGCUGGGCAGAGCAAGGUGGUUCUUGAUGAUUCAAGCAUUUGCGGUAAGUUCAGGAGUGUCAGGGGACCGUUACUUGUUGAGAGCUCUGCCCCAUUCAGCAGUGCUAGGGCUAAUGCCUGUGUGUGGAAGGGCAAGUGGAUGUAUGAGGUGACCCUAGAGACUUCUGGAGUUCAGCAGCUUGGAUGGGCUACUCUCUCUUGUCCUUUUACUGAUCAGAAAGGUGUCGGUGAUGCCGACGAUUCAUAUUCAUUUGAUGGCCGGAGGGUGACUAAAUGGAACAAUGACCCAAAGCCAUAUGGCCAGCCAUGGGCAGUAGGCGAUGUGAUCGGUUGCUGCAUCAACUUAGAUGCAGGAGAGAUCUCCUUUUACAGGAAUGGGACAUAUCUUGGUGUUGCAUUUGAUGGAAUUCGCAGUGUGGAACCAAGCAAGGGUUACUAUGCAGCAAUCUCCCUCUCAGAAGGUGAGCGUUGUCAUCUGAACUUUGGCUCACAUCCAUUCAGGUAUCCUGUUGAUGGGUUCGAACCAAUGGAGGCGCCACCACGCUCUUGGACAUUUACGACAUAUCUUCUUAGAUGUUUGUUCCGAUUACUAGAAGUUCAAAAUCUGGAGAAAUCUGAAUCAGCAUACUUCGAGAAACUGAGGAGGGUCAAGAAAUUCGCACCACUACAAGAACUUUUUCAACCAAUUUCAGAAGCAAUCUGUGCAGAAUUUUUCAGUGCUAUUGAAAUGAACCAAGGCUGCCUUGAGUAUAUUGCCUGGGGCUCAUUGACCACUCUUCUCUUAGAUGUUUUCAGGGCACGUGACCCUCAUGAUUUCUCAUGCCUUGAUCAGGUUCUUGACCUUUUCCUUCAGUUCCCAGGUUGCAGCUCAUUAUUGCAGGAGCUCAUUGUUGCACUUUCUUGCAUGUGCAAAGCUGCACCACUUGUGCUGACAGAAUGCCCAUAUUCUGGGUCGUAUCCAUUUUUAGCGCUGGUUUGCCACCUUCUUAGGCAUAAGGAUGUAAUGCUUCUAUGGUGGAACUCAGAAGAUUUUGCAUUCUCAUUUGAAGGGUUUCUUACAAGAAAGAUACCAAAUAAGCAUGAUUUACAGUGCCUCGUACCAUCUGUUUGGUGGCCCGGGUCUUCCGAGGAUGAGGUUAGCAUGACUCUGUCGAUGACAACACUCUUAGAUGCAAUCAAGAAGAUUGAGGAGAUGCAUCGUGAGCUUUGCAGCUUGGUAAUAUGCUUUAUUCCACCAGUUUCUCCCCCCCAGCCUCCAGGCUCUGUAUUUAGGUCCUUUGUACAAGGUUCGGUACUGAAAGCUAGAGGUGGAGAUCAUAGGAUGGUUGUCAAUGGGACCUACAACAAUACUGUGCUUGUUUCAUUGUACACCGUAAUUCUUCAUUUGUUGUCUGAAGGAUUUUCCAUGGAUUCUUCUGGAUCUGCAUCAUCCUCUAAAGUGAACUGUGGGAAUGGGGUUGGAUUUCUUCACAAAGGUGGAAAGCGGAAGUUUCCGACACAAUUACUUUUCAGGAAUGAUGCCUAUUAUAGCGUAAUUCCUAGAAUUGGUGGACCACCAAGUAUUUUGAUGCAUCACCAAUUUGAUGAUGUGGAAGAUGAAGUGCAGUGGGAUGAAGGCUGCAUGGAUGAUGAAGAGACGUGUGUAACACACACUACAGUACAGAAGCCUUGUUGCUGCUCAGUUACAGAUGCCAGUAUUGGCCUAAGAUACAAAGAAAGUGCUAAGUAUGUACCAUCAACUUCAAAAGUCCCAAGUAAGCCCAUGCCUGAAAGAACUGCUCAUGUUGCUGCUGAGUGCAGUGGGAGAAGUCUGAGUGAUGAGAUCGAAGACAAGCCUAGCACAAGUACUCAAUCAGAAAUUGAAUAUGGAUACCAAGCACUGCAUAAUCUUGAAAGCAUGCCAAUGACAACUCAAUCUUCAUCCGAAGCACUUAAAGAGGAAGAGCUGCUUGAUGUUAUGUUAUUGUUAUAUCAUCUGGGCAUCUCACCAAAUUUUAGGCAGGCAUUUUAUUUCAUGUCUCAGCAGUCACAGUCCAUUUCUUUACUAGAAGAAACUGACAGGCAAAUACGAGAAAAAUCAUGCGCAGAGCAAGUAAGGCGUUUGAAAGAAGCCCGGAAUAGCUAUCAUGAGGAUUUGGUGGAUUGUGUACGCCAUUGUGUUUGGUACCGGGCUACUCUUUUCUCUCCAUGGAAACAAAGGGGAAUGUAUGCAACUUGCAUGUGGGUUGUGGAGCUUCUUUUGGUCCUUAGUGACUCAAAAACCAUUUUCCAGUAUGUUCCUGAGUUCUAUGUGGAAUCACUGGUUGAUUGUUUCCAUGCCUUGCGAAGGAGUGACCCUCCUUUUGUUUCACCUGCAGUAUUCCUCAAACAAGGGCUGGCAUCAUUUGUCACUCUGGUUGUCAAGCACUUUGACGAUACGAGGAUAGUGAAUCCAGACCUGAAAGAUCUUCUUCUUCAAUCAAUUUCGGUCCUUGUACAAUACAAAGAAUUCAUGCUUGUUUUCGAGAACAAUCGGGAGGCAAUAAAUAGAAUGCCAAGAUCACUUUUAUCAGCUUUUGACAACAGAUCAUGGAUUCCUGUUUCUAACAUACUUUUCCGGCUUUGCAAAGGCUCUGGAUUUGCAUCCUCUAAGAAUGGUGAAUCUUCAUCAUCCGCAAUUUUUCAGGUUCUACUUAGGGAGACAUGCAUUCAUGAAGAAGAACUGUUCUUUUCCUUCCUCAAUCGACUUUUCAAUACACUCAGCUGGACAAUGACCGAGUUCUCCAUGUCCAUCCGAGAGAUGCAAGAUAAACACCAGGUUGCUGAUCUGCAGCAAAGGAAGUGCAGCGUAAUUUUUGAUGUAUCAUGUAAUCUUGCAAGGAUAUUGGAAUUCUGUACCCGAGAGAUUCCUUGCGCAUUCCUCAUGGGACCAGAUAUGAAUUUGCGGAGGUUGACUGAAUUGGUUGUCUUUAUUCUCAACCACAUCAUAUCAGCAGCUGAUGCAGAGUUCUUUGACAUGACACUAAGACGGCCAGGGCAGCAUCAAGAUAAAACAAAUCGUACUAUGAUCUUGGCUCCUCUUGUAGGCAUUAUCCUCAAUCUUAUGGAAUGCAGCAGCACAUCAGAACGUAGGGAGCUAAAUGAUGUGAUUGCAGUGUUUGCAAGCAUGGAUUGCCCUGCUACAAUACAUUUUGGGUUGCAGUACCUACUGAGCUACAACUGGAGCAAUGUUCUCCGAGGGGAUGCCUCCCUUGCAAAGCUAGCACAGCUUGAAGAGUUCUCUCAUUACUUCCGGCGCAUUACAAUGGCUGUAGAUGGUGAAGAAGAUCAUAGCCUGAACACAGGUGACGAGGAAGAAGAUGACACCUGUUGCAUUUGCUACAACUGUGAUUCGGAUGCAACAUUCCAGCCAUGCCAUCACCGGUCCUGCUUUGGCUGCAUUAGCAGGCAUCUCCUGAACAGCCAGAGGUGCUUCUUCUGCAAUGCAGUAGUAACAUCAGUUACAAGGAUAGCCGAUUCAUGAUCCCCCUUGGUAUAAUGAUCCGAAGGAAGGUCAUGCCACUGAUUCGUCUAUCCAUUUUGCUUGAGGGGAGGCGCCGGCGGCUCGGAGAUCUUUGCUUUGCGUUUACAGGAAGACUGCACUGCCUUUUGUGCAAAAGGUCAGAAACGGCACCUCUUUUUCCUUUUGUAAAGGUCAGGUAAUAGUAGAAAGGAUUCAAUAACAUUAUUGCAGAAGGAGGUUUCUGUACAAGGUGGGAAGCCAGUACCACCGAUAGGAUUCAGGGAAUCGCAAAAUUUUUGUAGUUCGUAGGGAGAUUCCACGAUGUAAAUAUGAGAUAUGAAACGGAGAAAGGGGGUGACAGAUCAACAUCAACCUCUUGUAAUUAGCCAAAAUAAAAGAACUAGAUGCUUUAUAUUGGAGAGAGCUCUAGUCUUCUUUUUUGUUCCUCCCCACGGUGUAGCGUCCAGAGUAAAUAAAAUCUUCUGUUCCCGGCCUGCUUUUAUGAUGCUA